UUGAGUAUCGAGCCGGCCGACUAACAAGAUCAGCGUUAAUCCGGUAAAAAGUACGAUGGAAGGCUUCUGAGGUAGGCCUGUGGUCAUCAGUGGUGCACUUGGCGUUCGGACUUCUCAGCAUUUUUAGCAAUGGGAGAUAACAAAAGAAAACACGGUUCAGAUAUAGGAUUAGUCUCUUCACCGAAUUGGGACGAAUCGGCCCUCGAAGGGGAACAUAUUUGGUAUUCGAAAGAUCCGUCCGAAAAAUGUUACAUGGGAGAAUCAGAAUGUAAACAAGAAGGCACCAAGUUGAAGUGCUCAGCGUGCAAGAUGGUCGCUCAUACCAGUUGCAUUUCGGAAAUCGCCGGUAACCAGAGGUUCCAUUGCAAACCGACCUUCAAAGACGCCGGUCUUACAUCUUACAGAGAAGAUACAAAAACUAAACACCACUGGAUUCACAGGCGGACUCAGAAGGGGAAAUGCCAUCACUGCGGAAAGGCUUUUCAGUCGAAAUUGCCUUUUUGCAAUGAUAAAAUUGCAUUGCGUUGUUCUUGGUGUCAAAUAUCAUUCCACAAUAAAGACAACUGCUUUAACGCGCAAAAACGUGAAGAAGAUUGCAACCUAGGAAUACACUCUGGGACAAUUGUACCGCCAUCAUGGAUAGUGAAACUUCCACGGAAAAGCGAAGAGUGCGAUGUGCCAAGCACGGAGAAAGCAUUCACUGUGAAACCGAUACCAACAACAAACAUGCACCCUGUUAUAGUGUUCAUCAACCCAAAAUCUGGUGGCAACCAAGGUCACAAAUUGCUCCAAAAGUUUCACUGGUUGCUUAACCCAAGACAAGUGUUCGACUUAACUCAAGGAGGACCUAAAAUGGGGUUGCAAUUGUACCGUAAGGUUCCUUAUUUGAGAGUGUUGGCCUGUGGUGGCGAUGGAACUGUCGGUUGGAUUCUUUCAGAGAUUGAUCAACUAGACUUCAACCCACCACCGCCCGUCGGCGUCCUUCCACUUGGAACUGGCAACGACUUAGCCAGGGACUUAGGCUGGGGAGGGGGUUAUUCCAAUGAGCCGAUGUCAAAAAUUCUUCGGAAUGUGAGCCUGGGAGAUGUCGUCCACCUAGACAGGUGGGAGCUGAAGGUUGAAAAAAAUCCCAAUGCCACAGAGGCGAAGUGUGAAGGAAAAGACAAUCUCUCUCUAAAUGUAGUUAAUAACUACUUCAGCCUUGGUGUCGAUGCUCACAUCGCCUUACAAUUUCAUGAAGCCAGAGAAGCCCACCCUGAAAAAUUCACUUCUAGACUACGAAAUAAAAUAUUCUAUGGACAGAUGGGCGGCAAAGAUCUUUUAAAGAGGAAAUGGAAAGGGUUGGCAGAAUUUGUCACUCUUGUGUGCGAUGGAAAGGAUCUGACAUCAGAAUUGAAAAAACACAAGUUUCAUGCUAUAGUGUUUCUAAACAUAGCCAGUUAUGGAGGUGGCGCUAAACCUUGGCCACCAAUGGAUGGCAUGAAGCCAUCAACAGAUGAUGGAUUAAUAGAAGUUGUUGGAUUGACUACUUAUCAAUUGCCAUUGCUACAAGCAGGUGGCCAUGGAACUGGAAUUUGCCAAUGCAAAUCCGCUGUAAUCACGACUUUCAAAACAAUACCGAUGCAAGUGGAUGGCGAAGCGUGUAAGCUCAAUCCGAGUAUUAUUACAAUGAGCUUUUUGAAUAAAGCCCCCAUGGUGGCAAAGCGUGGAAGGACUUCAAGGGUUUCCACACAAACCCAUCUGGAGCCUAUAAACAUCGGUGUCCAGAAAAUUAAUAUAGCUGAUUAUGAGGAGUAUCAGUGUGACACAGAACACUUGAAGAAAGCAGCGAUAAACAUAGGACAAUUUGAAGUGGACCCUAUGGCUGACCUGGAACAAAUUCGCCAUUUGAUUAAUAGCAAAAUGGAAACACAAAACCCUUCCACGACCAAAUCAGAAUGGUGUUACCUUGAUACUUGUACUGCUGAGAAAUUCUUCAAAAUAGACCGUGCCCAAGAGCAUUCCUAUUAUAUCACAGACAUUGCAUCUGAUUCACUUUACAUAUUGAAUUGUGAGCCUAUCAAAGUGAAUAUUGAAGAGAAAAUUUCAAAUCUUGAAACAAGCUCUGUCAAGUCCAAUCAGAGGAACUGUACAGAAACAAGCGAAGGAAAGACAACUGCAGUGAGCCCAUACCUUGACUCAGCAGAAGAUAAGAUUUUGGAUAGUGUGCAAGUGAAAAACACCGAGAACAACAUUCAUGAAAAGGUCAAAGCAGAUGAGAAAGAAGAAACAAACAUAAGUUAUAAAAGCAUACUUCUCGAGAAAACAACUGAUAGUACGAUUCAAGCAGCAAAAGAAGGUGACAUCAGAGCACUAGUAGGAUUGCACAAGCAAGGCUACUCUUUGCUCUCUAUAGACUCCUCUGGGCAGACUGCGCUUCAUUAUGCUGCUCGCAACGGUCAUAAAAACAUUGUCAAGUACCUAAUUGCUUGUGCUCCUUAUUCGAUAAUUGACAUGGUGGACAACGAAAGGGGGCAGACAGCAUUGCAUAAAGCAACGUUUUAUGGCCACAGCGGCAUCUGUUGUAUGCUGGUUGCGGCUGGUGCAUCAUUGACUCAACCAGACAACUUUGGCAAAACGCCUAAGUUAUUAGCUAUCGAGCGCAAGGACCAUCAACUCGCUUCGUAUCUAGAAAGCCAAGAAAGUAUCCAACUAGUAAGAGAAGAGUACGAGACAAAAUUAUAAUUUGAAAUGUAGUCCUCAUUAAACAAUUUUUAAUACUUAAUUUAAAAUAUAUGCUUGUUUUUUAA